UUCAUCUGUUCACGGCACCCUGAGGUAGGAGGCCAGCCAGUCCAAAGUUGUCUUCGACCACGUCGAGACGUGCAAGCCUUUCUCCGGUUUUUUCUUGGGUGCAGUCUCCUGGUAAAUGUGAGGUGGUCAGGGGCUGCAUUAAGUAAGGUCACCCAUGGAGAGAACAUGCGCUGUCCUACCCAGCUGUUUCUGGGUAAGGGACCCCACCAGCAACUGUGUUUGGGAGGGGACUCCGAGGUGCCUUUGACAGGGGCUCUGUGUACCCUUCGUUGGCUGGCUAUGCAUCUAACCCUGGUGAGAGGGUGUGCAAGACGGGGAACAGUGUCUGACAAGGCAUGUGUCGUUUGCUGCCCAGCUGGCCUUGUUCUGGGCUCCGAACACGAGACCCGUCUGGUGGCGAAGCUGUUCGAGGGUUAUAGCAGCGUGGUGCGGCCGGUGGAGGACCACCGUGAGAUUGUACAGGUCACCGUGGGUCUACAGCUCAUCCAGCUCAUCAAUGUGGAUGAAGUCAAUCAGAUUGUGACAACCAACGUUCGCCUGAAACAGCAAUGGGUAGAUUACAACUUGAAAUGGAAUCCGGAAGACUAUGGCGGAGUGAAAAAAAUUCACAUCCCCUCGGAGAAGAUCUGGCGGCCGGAUGUUGUUCUCUAUAACAAUGCCGAUGGAGACUUCGCCAUUGUCAAGUUCACCAAGGUGCUCCUGGACUACACCGGCCACAUCACCUGGACGCCUCCAGCCAUCUUCAAAAGCUACUGUGAGAUCAUUGUCACCCAUUUUCCCUUUGAUGAGCAGAACUGCACUAUGAAGCUGGGCACCUGGACCUAUGAUGGCUCUGUGGUGGCGAUCAACCCGGAAAGCGACCAGCCGGAUCUGAGUAACUUCAUGGAGAGUGGCGAGUGGGUGAUCAAGGAGGCCCGGGGCUGGAAACACUGGGUGUUUUAUUCCUGCUGCCCCAACACGCCCUAUCUGGACAUCACCUACCACUUCGUCAUGCAGCGCCUGCCCCUCUACUUCAUCGUCAACGUCAUCAUUCCCUGCCUGCUCUUCUCCUUCUUAACCAGCCUGGUGUUCUACCUGCCCACAGACUCAGGGGAGAAGAUGACUCUGAGUAUCUCUGUCCUGCUGUCCCUCACUGUGUUCCUCCUGGUCAUCGUGGAGUUGAUCCCUUCUACCUCCAGUGCCGUGCCUUUGAUCGGGAAGUACAUGCUGUUCACCAUGGUGUCCGUCAUCGCGUCCAUCAUCAUCACCGUCAUCGUUAUCAACACCCACCACCGCUCGCCCAGCACCCACGUCAUGCCCGAGUGGGUGCGGAAGGUUUUUAUCGACACUAUCCCAAACAUUAUGUUUUUCUCCACAAUGAAAAGACCAUCCAGAGACAAACAAGAGAAAAAGAUUUUCACAGAAGACAUAGAUAUCUCUGACAUUUCCGGGAAGCCGGGGCCUCCACCUGUGGGCUUCCACUCUCCACUGAUCAAGCACCCCGAGGUGAAAAGUGCCAUCGAGGGUGUUAAGUACAUCGCAGAGACCAUGAAGUCAGACCAGGAGUCCAAUAAUGCAUCUGAGGAAUGGAAGUAUGUUGCCAUGGUGAUGGACCACAUUCUCCUUGGAAUCUUUAUGCUGGUAUGUCUCAUCGGGACACUGGCGGUGUUUGCAGGUCGGCUCAUCGAGUUACAUCAGCAAGGGUGAGCAGAAGCUGAGACUGAGCCGGCCUCUGCCCCAGCCCCCAGCCCCCAGCCCCAGCCCCAGCCAGCGCUGGGGAAGAUGGGAAAGAGGAAGUCCUUUAGUCCUUUCACGCUUACCACACAUGCCAUUUCCCUCAAGUCCUGUUAAUGGCAGUGAUCUCUGUUCACGCUGCUAUGGUCUUGUAGUAAAUAAAACCUUUGCAGUAAAUAAAAGCGAGCCUCCAAAAAAA